AAGACGCGGCUGAGUUAAUGGUCGCGCAACGUGUUAGGUUUUUUAUGUAGUCCUAACACAUUCUGAAUACAAUCCUGCUACCUUUCAGUUUGAACUAUCAAGUUCUUUCAGUCUCACUUGUUGAUGUAAAUUAUCGUCGAUCUUCACCACUAAAAGUUAAAUAAAAAAAUGUGAUCAGAUUGAUUAGGUCUCAUAAUUUUGCCAUGAGAAUAUGAUCACUGCUGUUCCGCCAGAUCCCUACUCAAACACUGUAAAGACAAAUCUUUCAUAUGGGUUUAACCUAGCAGAAAGCAUCCAUGUUAAUUCGACCGGGAAGAUAACUUCAAAACAAAGGAUACAUCUUGUGCAAACUAAGACGUCACAUCAGAGUGAUUCCACAUUACAAAACAGCAACAAGUUUUCGAUGUUCUGUUUAUCCGUUUAGUAAAGAGACAAAAAUCGCUUAUAGAACUGCUCAUAGUCAUAUUCAUUGUACAACUGCAGCGAGAAAAAAAUUGUUACAUAACUCUGUUUCAAGUCAUAGUCGCAUAUUUUCCAUAUCUUUUCUGUCUGUUACUGACCGUAUAUAAUCUGCCGUAGCCAAUUUAGAAAUUUAUCUCCAUCAUGUUAGUAAAUUUUCCAGGAUAGAGCAAGUUGCCUUAUGAUAGACCAGCUCUCCCUCUCAUCUCUUUAGCUGUACAACUAGCUAUCCAGUCAAUAAUCUCUUUGGAGUGCAGAUCAACGUAUGUUCACGGUAACUGGUGAACUAAAGCGACGAUAGAAAUGAAGGAGAAUGAGUGUAGAAUGCAGUAAUAGAGAGUAUAAUAAUAAGUUGCGUUAUUCGAAGUCUUGCUCACCAGUGUAGAUCACCAACGUAAAUGGUGUGUCAAAUGGUCGGGGGCCAACUAACGUUAAAGUAACACAUUACGGUCAGCGCCUAACGUGGAUUAACAUUCGUCGUAUCUAAGUACUGUUGCUAUCUUAAUGACCGUGCGGCCCGAAUCACGUCAUUACAAAAAUAUAUUAGUAAGGAUAGGUACAAGGAAUCGAGUGCGACCGCCAACACAUGGGCCAGUUCAUGGCGUGCAAUUAACUGAUGCGUGUUAGUUGUCGUUGACCUUAACGAGGACCGGUGCACUGCUCGAUAUUCAGUGACCCUACUACCGGAUGAUUUAGCUAUGGCCCAGUGACAUUUCACUGCCUAUACAUGAAUAAUGUCCUCGUUUUUCUGACGAAUUACGACUUAUAGUAAUUGGCUGACUAACUGUGAUCCCUGUAUCAAACCAUUCUUUUAUAGCUAUGAAGAUAUCAAAAUACUAUCCUGCGUGGUUGUUUUAUGUAACCCACCUUGAAUUGUAAUUCCCCUACCAUUUCUCAGUUUCUGUCAACAAUGGUCAAUGUAUAUACUUAUGGCCUUCAUCGAAAGUUUUUUUCGUAGUCUGUUAUUUCAACUGCUUUCAUAAAUCGCUGAAAAAUGACAAUUCAGCUAUUUCUAUAAAAAUUGACAAAUGGUGACACGACACUAUCUAGAAAAACCAAACUCAGGGAAUUCUACUGCUAACAAAUUUUGUUCGAGUGAUAAGCCAAAACCCUAAGUCAGGAGAAAGUAGGUAUGCUACUCUAGUUACCGUUUCAUGAAAAUAAAGUAGUUUGUAUGAUGUGCUUUCGACUCCCGAAUUAGUAGAUAAGUUGCAUUCAAAAGCAAUCUUGGUGUUUAAAGUUUAGUUGUAAAGAUUUAUAUACAUACAUAUGUUUCAACUAUUUUAUUUUAGGUUUUUGGGAAUUAAUUGAUGGCCACUAAUCGAACAGCUCACGUUAUUGUGCUUGGUGAUCUCGCACGAUCACCAAGAAUAUUGUCCCAAGCUCAGUUUUUGGCUCGUGAUGGUUGGGAUGUAACUAUAUCAGGAUACAAAACUGAAAUAAUAAACCCGUUGAAUUUUAAAUUGAAAGUCCUGGGUAUACCUAUGUGUCCGAAUUUCAAAGCUCUACAUUUCCCUUCGUUUAUGGUUCUUAUCCUCAAGUUUAUUUUUACGGCUGUAGCACUCUUCUGUCAUCUUACUAGACACUGCCGUAGCCGUUUAAUUUUGGUUCAGAAUCCUCCUGCAGUACCAACUUUUUUGAUUUUAUGGUUAUUUAUCAAGAUUACGGGGAAGAAUUUAGUUAUUGACUGGCACAACUAUGGUUAUACUCUUGUGGAGCUAAAUGCGCCGAGAAAAAGUUUAUUCACGCGGUUGUACUACAUAUUGGAAGUUGACUUCGCAAGUCGCUUUAUGUCCAGAAUGUCCGAUCGUGUUGCGAACAUUUGCGUAUCAAAAGCUUUAAAGUACGAUAUGGGAAUGAAAUCAAUAGAAGCAACUGUUUAUUAUGAUCGUCCUGCAGAAGAAUUCAAACCUACACCUGUAGAUGUUGCCCACUGUUUGUUCUUGAAACUCAGCGAUCAAUACUCAGUGUUUAGAAACAAACUAGAUUCAUGUCGAUUCACACGCUUUACUGAGAUAACUGCUUUACCGACUAAUACCAAGAACAAUGAGCCCCAUUGGCGCCCAGAUCGCCCAGCAUUGGUUGUUAGUAGUUGCAGCUGGACACCUGAUGAUGACUUCACGUUGGCAAUUAAAGCACUGGGAAUCUACGACAAGGCAGCUGAAAAACCAGAUUCAGGUUUACCCAGUAUUGUGUUUGCUGUAACAGGUCGUGGUCCAUUACAAAGCUACUAUGCAAAAUUAAUAAAAGAACAAAAGUGGAAACAUGUGGAAGUCAUUAUGUUGUGGCUUGAGUGGUCAGAUUAUCCCGUUUUUCUUGGAUGUGCUGACUUAGGACUUAGCAUACAUCGAAGUUCCUCGGGACUGGAUUUACCCAUGAAAGUAGUUGACUUACUUGGUGUGAACGUCCCUGUCCUGGCGCUAGGUUAUACAACACUAAGUGAAUUGAUGGAGGAUAAUAAAUAUGGCUUAUUUUUCGAAACUGGCGAACAAUUAGCUGAUCAAAUGUGUGACUUGUUGAAACCACCCCGUAAUUCUACAGUCCAAUAUACUUAUGAAGCUAGCCGUUUUUUAUCUGUUGGGUCAGAAAAAUUAAUUCAUUUUCGCGAAUGUUUAGCUGAAAGAAACAAAAACCUGAUUAGAGGAUUUACCUACUGGAAAAAUACUGCAUUACCAGUGUACGAAAAAGCAGUUCAUACUAAUCCCUAUAAAAACAAAGAUAAUUAGAUGGUAAUACAUAAUACGAAUCUUU